AUGCUGCAAAAAUGCGUGACGUUAUAUGUGCUCCGAACUGAUCAUCUAACCUUUGCUAUUCUCGUUUCGCUUAUUACAAUUCUGUUAGUGUCCUAUAAACAACACAGUUUACCACCUAACACGUAUUGCAGAGCAUCCGGUGUCGUCUACGUUGGCGAAGACAUCAAAACGAAGCGACGAGUGGCUAUUAAACAGAUGAAUCUUCGUCAGCAGCCCAAAAAGGAAUUGAUCUUGAAUGAAAUACUGGUCAUGCGGGCACAUCGGAAUGGGAACAUUGUCAACUACCUCGACAGUUACCUCGUGAGCGUUUUUCCCUGGUUUUCACGUACUGUUUUGUGCCCACUGGUUGAAUCUCGGAAUCUGCUCGGAAUGGAACUGUGGGUGGUGAUGGAAUACCUCGAUGGUGGCUCUCUGACCGACGUUGUCACGGAAACAUGCAUGGAGGAAAAACAUAUUGCCACGGUCUGUCGCGAGGUAGGUUGCAGUUUUGCAAAUGUACCUUCUAUACUUCUAUACUUCCCUUAA